AUGCCACCAUAUAAUGCUCCUAUUGCCAAAAAUGCGAAUGGCAGUCAACGGUUUGGAUUCGAUUCAAAGCACGCAGACGCACGAGGUCAACGACACGCUGCAGAGACACAUACGUUCCUAGGACCGAUGCCGGUGCAAGAUUUCUUGAACGCGUUCCUUCCCAAGUGCGCCAAGAAAAGCAUGCCAUCUAGCAAGGGUGCGUUUAAAGACAUUCCAGAAGCGGCUUCUGAUGAACGGGAUAUCUACGCACCGCUGGUCUAUGCGCUAAAUGCGGAUGGAAAGAGGAAAAGAUCUCGAUGCCCCGGCUUUAUAUUCGACAUAACGACUACAAGAGGCGAAUCAAAUGCGACGGGUUCGAUGCGGCCGGAUGUUUGCUGCUAUGUGGAGACUAUUAUCGACGACACCCGAGCCAAGAACGGCGCGCCUCGUGCACAUCUCGGUUACGCGGAGCUAUUCAUCGAGGUCAAGAGAGAGGCGAAGCAAGACUUCUUUACGGAUCCCGAACCAGGCGCCGAUCGCACGUCUCACCAAUUCGUCCUCAACAUGUCGAACGACAAGCUGCUGAAAAAUGCACGAAAAGCACUUGGUCAGAAUAUCGCGUAUGCCACGGAGGCUUGUGCUCGCCAACACCGCACAUUCUACUUCUCUAUAUCCGUAUCCGGCAACCAUGCUCGUCUGAUACGCUGGGACCGAGCGGGCUCAAUUGUUACUGAAGACUUUGACCUUCACGAAGAUCCACAAUUCCUAUGCGAAUUCCUAUGGCGAUUUUCCCAUUCCAUGGAUGCGCAGCGAGGAUACGACAUGACGGUUGAGCCUGCAAGCCCCGAAGAGGAAGCAUUGUUCAGGGACGUCAUCAAGACUCAUGUGCAGGAGCAGCUACUCGAGGACGUUAAAGACCCCAAAUCACUCAAACGGGCCAUCGACAACCAUUAUCUCGCAAAUACUGUCGUGGCCGUAAAAGUUGACGACGAACAAUCUGGCGGUGUCCACAGAUAUCUCAUAUCUCGCCCUGUCGUGUCGCCCUUGUCUAUGGCCAGCCGAGCGACGCGUGGAUAUUGGGCCGUUCGUGACGAUGGGCAAAUCGCCUUCCUGAAAGAUACUUGGCGAUAUGAGGGAGAUGAUUUCGAAAAGGAAGGUGAGAUAUUGAUAGCUUUGCACAAGGCUGGUGUUCGGAACAUACCCAAACUAUUGCACCAUGGCGAUGUACUCUCUCAGCAACAUCCCAUUCCGAAAAAUUCGAAGGGCAAGCAGAAGCAGUCGGCGACGGACGACGAAUGUAUCCAUCAUACACUUACGGACAAGUAUCUCGACGCUGAAUGGGUUUGUACCGGAGGCGUGGGUGGCACAAUGCGACAAAUUGUCGUUACUCCACAUGUUCAUUAUCGUGUGACGUUGGGCACAGUGGGUUAUCCUCUGGACCAGUUCAGGGGAACAGAGGAGUUACUGUACUCCACUCACUGUGGCUACCAGGCAAUGAUUGAUGCGUAUGACAAGAGUGGCAGAUUGCAUCGCGACAUUAGCUUAGGUAACAUUAUACUCUACCGGGAUCGCGGAAAUGGCGUCAGGCGCGGAAUUCUGAUCGACUGGGAACUCUCAUGCCGGCUUGAUGACAAAGGCCAGGCCCGCAAGUAUGAACGAACGGGUACUUGGCAAUUCAUGUCCAUAAACCAACUUAAUGUUCGAAAACCUACUAUCCAUACUCUGCAAGACGACAUGGAGUCUAUUUUGUAUGUCGUCCUUUACUGCAGCAUUCGAUGGGGGGCACAUAAUGUCGACGACAAUACCGUCUUCGAUACUAUUCGUGACAUGUUCGAUAGCGGUAACGACGCGAAGGGUGGCGGUACCGGAAAAGUCAACAACAUGGCGAAUCGGCGAUAUACCGAAGAAUAUACCUUCAAAAGCUCAGCACUUCAUCGUUGGCUAAACACAGCCAUGGACUACCAUUAUCCUGUUGAUCGUGAUAAAGAGCGUAAAUGGUCUGAUCCGACGGAUCUCGAUCGGCUGUGGGUCACAAUAUUGAAGGAACCCCUGGAGAAGAAUGAUAGGGUGGAUCGUAGGGCUGACGACCGCCACGCGCCCAAAAAUGCGGCUGGAAACGCCUCUGGAAGUACGCCCGGAAAUCCAUUGCAGGCCACCAUGGUUUCCGGAUCUAUGAGAUUGUCGACUCAAAGUGGACAGAGGGAGGAAUCAUUGGUCAGCGCUGGCUCAGCAAGGAAACGUGCUCACGCAGAAGUCCACUUUGAGCAGGACGUGCUGGACCAUGGAAGAGGGUCCAAAAGGAGGCGAACGAUACGCUCUGUGUCGCGGGGAGACCUUGCACAGGGUAUGCCACCAGUAGAGCCACGACCUGCGUCUCCGUUGAGACGCUCAACUCGCAGUGGCCAACCAUCGCGGGCAUCCGGUUUGAACCAUAAGGAAGGCGCGUCUUCCCUCCGCCGCCGUAGUUAG